AUGAAGCUCAUGACUCGGGCCAUCCUCUCCAUCCUCUUCGCACUCGCGUUGGCUGUCGCCGCGAUUCCCACUCCAGACGACGCCGUCGGUGCUGAAGUCAGUCCGUCCAUUGACGCCUAUGACGCAGCGUAUGCUUCCUCAGCAUAUAGCGACGCAGACGGCGACACCGAUAACGACACAGACACAGAGACAGCCUCAGACACAACAGCCGCAAGCGCGAGGAUCAGUGCCAAUGUCACCUCUUCCAUUUCACCACCGACCACGUCAGCAUCAGCACCGGCGUCCAUGCCUCCGUAUACGUCGUACGAGGGCAUGUUCAAGAACAAAGUCAUCAUAGUCAACGACGCAACAUUCCUACACGCUCUCGAGUACGCCGCGUCCCAUCCUGCUGCGCUCGCUGCAGACGACAGUGCCGAUGACAACCCCAACGAGAAGCGAGACAACGGCCUGCAGCCCAAAGAGGGCAAAUUGCCUACGAACAAGAAACCCAAGAUGGUCAAAUGGUGCACUCCGCAGAUGGACUACUGUACGUCCUGGUACGCGCCGUACAGCUACUACGGUGACAACGACAAAAGGGACGUCGAGCGCCGCGCUCACAUCGACUGGCCUGACAAUCUGCGCGUCUGGUGUAGCAAGCACGGGGGGAUGUGCGUUCACAUGAACGAGAGAGUGUACUGA